CCUAUCGGCGAAGCUUUGGAACAAUGGUGUCCGUGAUCAAUUUUAAAUUGAUCAAGAUUUUCAUUUUGGUCGUUCUAUUGAGCACUUGUUAUGCUGGCAAGAAGAAAAAAUCGACGAAGUCAUCACCUGUUAAUGACCCUGCUGCAGACCAAUAUUACGGAAAAUCGGAUGCUGAUUCGCAAUCAGAUAAAGAGCCAGAAGUUUUUGACCUAGGGGCAUGGGACUCAACUCCAGCAAAUGAUCGAACCGUAGCGAAUUUGAUUGGUCGAUUGGUGAUUGAAGAAAGUCGAUUGAAGGCGGCCGGAGCUGUAGCAGAAAUGGGAGCGGCAUUGAUUGGAGCGGCAAAGAAUCGUACCUCGAUUCGGGUGCAACGAGUCACAUGAGCAAAUAGCGGUCGUGGUUUCGAGACUACGUUGAAUUGAGCACACCAAUAAGUAUCAUAUUGGGAAAUGUUGACGUAAUGGUUGCAAUUGGAAUUGGCAAUAUUGAUAUUUUGUCAUACGAUGGUACUGAGUGGAUUGAGAGAACACUGUCAAAUGCAUUGUAUGUACCGAAAUUUGUUGAUGAUGGGAUAGUCAUCGGGAACAACGAGGAGAGCAUUGAUUCGGUAAUUUCGCAUUUGCAAAAGAAAUUUGAAGUGAAAGCAAUGAAACUUGGAUGCUUUCUUGGCAUGGAAAUCAAAAAAUUCGGCGAUGGUUCAAUUUUUGUGCAUCAGUCAGCAUACGCACGAAAGGUAUUGCAAAUGCAAUGCAGUAACAAUACCAGCAGAUCCAAAUCAAGAAGAUAAAAUUGACAGCGACGAGGAAUUUGUUGAGAGCCAAAACAAACGUUUUGAAGAGUAAGAUACGCUUCCAUCUCCACGGUUGAUGAA